AUGAUAAGGGCGGUGGAGCUAGCUCUAAAUUUGGAAGCCACUGAGAAACACGUGGAACGAGUGAGCGGCCGCAGCAGUUUGAGCGGUGCAUCUUCUGGGGACUUCGGCGACGGUACCCCUGCAACGGGGGCGAGUGGCGGCGGUGGCAGCGGCGGGCCGGCGGGCGGCGAGGCGUUGCACGUUGGAGAUGUGGCAAACCACAUCGUGCGGAUAACUCUCGAUAAAGACAUUGAGUCGAUUGGGAACAAGUGUGUGGCGUGUUGCAACGUGCGAGACGCACUCCCGCGGUCUUCGUUACACCCCUGGGAGUUUCCUGCGGGACCCUGGAAACGGCUACAUGCCGAUUUCGCCCAACUCUUCGGAAAAUACAACAUAAUAGUAGUGGAUGCUCACAGUAAAUGGCUGGAGGCGGAGGAGAUACGUAGCAUCAGCGUGUCAUACUAUCAAGUUUUU